UCCCAAUUCUUACCCUCAUUGGUCCUUUUCUCCCUCAAAUCCCACACUCUUUACCAUGAAGUUCAUGACCUUCCUGACGCUGUUUGCAGUUAGUGCUCAAGCCGCCAAGAAGUGGUGCGAGUGUGAUAACGGGGGCAGAGCUUCACUCCCAGAAGAUACUGCAGCUGCCUGCAAAAUUCUCAAAGGAGGAUAUCAAGACGGCUGGUGCUACCUCACCGUUUCAGUAUCCAAAUGGGAACAAACCUGCGCAAGUGGUAGUGGAGAUUGCAAGAAACGCUGCAAAAACAGCGGAAAGAUGAAGAAAUGUUACUGAACUGUUCAUAAAACAAUCACCCAGCAACACACAUUGUCCAAGCCUGGGUCUUUUGAAGUAAUUAGAAACACCUCCAUGUCAAGGUGCUCUGGCCAUCGCGCUUGUCCUGAAAUUCGAUGA